AUGCAGGUGUCCUUCGCCUGCACUGAGCACAACCUGAAAAGUCGCAGCGAGGAUCGCCUUUGCGGCCUUCGCACCGCGCCACCUCCAGGAGGAGGCAGCGGAGGUGUAGGGGGCGGACAAGGGAAUAAUGGCAACUACAUCUCCCAAGGCUCAUCCAAGACCAGGGAGGCGCCAGGCUCCCGCCCGACCCCACAGGGCCAUGCACACAUGAAGGAGGCCAUUGGGCGCCAUAGCAGUAUGAAAUACAGGAACCUUGGGAAGUCAGGCCUUCGAGUUUCCUGUUUAGGAUUAGGUACCUGGGUGACAUUUGGAUCACAGAUCUCCGAUGAGAUGGCUGAGAACCUAAUGACCAUCGCAUAUGAGAAUGGAGUGAACCUGUUUGACACAGCAGAAGUGUAUGCCUCUGGCAGAGCUGAAAUCACCCUUGGGAACAUCAUCAAGAAAAAAGGAUGGAGGCGUUCAAGUUAUGUCAUCACUACUAAGAUUUAUUGGGGAGGCCAAGCAGAGACAGAGAGGGGCCUAUCCAGGAAACACAUCAUUGAAGGUUUGAGAGGAUCCUUGUCAAGACUCCAGCUUGAUUAUGUGGACAUCGUUUUUGCCAACAGAAAUGAUGUUAACAGUCCUAUGGAAGAGAUUGUGCGGGCCAUGACGUUUGUAAUUAACCAGGGUAUGGCCAUGUACUGGGGAACCUCACGCUGGAGUGCCAUGGAAAUUAUGGAGGCAUACUCGGUGGCACGUCAGUUCAACCUGAUACCGCCUGUGUGUGAGCAGGCAGAGUAUCACUACUUCCAGAGGGAUAAGGUGGAGGUGCAGCUGCCUGAGCUCUACCACAAGAUAGGUGUUGGCGCAAUGACCUGGUCUCCACUUGCAUGUGGACUAAUCACAGGGAAGUACAGCGAGGGUGUACCUGACUGUUCCAGGGCAGCCAUGAAAGGUUACCAGUGGCUGAAGGAGCGGGUGAACAGUGAGGAGGGCCGCAGGCAGCUGGCUAAAAUUAAGGAGCUCCAUCUGCUGGCUGACAGACUGGGCUGCACCGCCGCACAGCUAGCCAUAGCCUGGUGUCUGCGUAGUGAGGGAGUCAGCUCAGUACUGCUGGGUGUUUCUAACGCUGACCAACUAGUGGAGAACCUCGGCGCCCUUCGGAUUCUCUCCCAAAUGACUCCUCAAACAAUUACGGAGAUUGAUUCCCUGCUGGGAAAUAAGCCACACUCCAAGAAAGAGUCACGGGCCUGA